CUGUCAUUACUCAUGAAAUGACAGCAUAUAAGAUCUUGCAGCCAAAGAGUGAAUUCUGGAAAAAAAAAGGCUGAAAAUGGUUGUGUGAGGAGAAAAAGGAGAGCGAGGAGAGAGGGAGGGCAGAGGAAACAGAGGAGGGACUGGGAAACAGAUGCUGGCACCGCAGUCCAGUGUGUUAGCUACCAUCCCUCAUCUCAAACCCUCCCCUUCCCUGAACGUCGCUCUCUCACUUAAUCUUAACCCCCCUCAUAAUUUAUACCCACAAUCCCAUUUCACAGAGAGGCUCAUGAAUCAGAGGCUGGACUGUCUCUGUGGUCUCCCUGCUGUCUCUCAACAGAUCAUGGGAUAGGACGGCAUUUUCCUCUCUUUGAUUUCAGAUUUGGAGUAUGACUGCGGUGCUCUCUGUUAACUUUUCAGCUCACUUUCUCUGAGGAUUACCACGGGGAUAGAUCGCGUGCAUUUGUUUUAGUCCGUGUAACUCCAGCAACUAUGUGUGCUUCUGAUGGUGUUGAGUCCGGCAGCAGCAGAGGAUCACCAUGAGAGGGGGUCACCACCAGCGAGGCUGUGGGUGUCAGCAUCUGUUCAGAAAACUACUGCGCACAUGUGGUUGCUGCUUUUCCAGAAAUAGAGCAGAGUCCUAUUCUGUAGCGGGCAGUGAAGGCAGCAUCACCCCAUCUGGAUCUGUGCCCCACCAGGCCUCUGGCAGCACAAGCCCCUGCUCACACUCCUCAUCCGGGGGUUCACGGCACCCAGUCAGCGCCCUGAAGAAAUGGCUCACCAACCCUGUCCGGAAGCUUAGCUCCGAUACUAGAGGUGGGGCAGGAAAAGCUGAGAAGCAGAUGUCCAGGUCAGACGGAAGGCGGCCACCGCUGCUCCGCUCCCACAGCGAGGCUCGGCAGAGUUCUCUGGAGAUGCAUGAUGACCACACCAUCCUGUCUCCGGCAAACACCGAGUGGAAAGAUGGUCUCUUGAGUCCAGCCGCGCCGUCGCCUUCUCUGCCAUCCAAUCAGAGCCAUUUGUGUGACCCCCUGCAAAGCAGAGACUCACAAAGCCUGAGCCAAAAGUCCAGCAUCAACACUCUGCAGGGGGAGGACAGCUGUGCCGGGGCUGAGGACUCCGCCAGCCAGUGCUCUGCCGUGGUGGACAGUGAAGAAGAACGGAGCAUUGCCUUAGAGAAGAGUUUGUAUGUUCUGACAGAGCUGAUAGAGACAGAAAGGCUGUAUGUUGAAGAUCUUGGGCUCAUAGUCCAGGGCUACAUGACCACGAUGGCUAAUCAGGGAGCUCCAGAGGACAUGAGAGGAAAGGACAGGAUCGUAUUUGGAAACAUCCACCAGAUCUACGACUGGCACAAAGACUUCUUCCUGGGGGAACUGGAGAAAUGUGUAGGAAAUCCAGACAGCCUGGCCCAACUCUUCAUCAAACAUGAACGCCGUCUUCACAUGUACGUGGUUUACUGCCAGAACAAACCCAAGUCCGAGCAUGUUGUCUCUGAGUACAUUGAGACCUAUUUUGAGGAUCUCAGGCAGCAGUUGGGUCACAGGCUGCAGCUCAAUGAUCUCCUGAUAAAGCCUGUUCAGAGGAUCAUGAAGUAUCAGCUGCUUUUGAAGGACUUCUUGAAAUACUACAGAAAAGCUGGGAGAGAUGUGGGGGAGCUGCAGAAAGCAGUGGAGGUGAUGUGUUUUGUGCCAAAACGCUGUAACGACAUGAUGAAUGUGGGAAGACUACAAGGUUUUGAGGGGAAAAUCACAGCUCAGGGAAAGCUGCUCCAGCAGGACACUUUCUCUGUGAGCGAGCAGGAAGGCGGCCUCCUGUCCAGAGCCAGGGAGAGGCGUGUCUUCCUGUUUGAGCAGCUGGUCAUCUUCAGUGAGCCAAUCGAUAAGAAGAAAGGCUUACCUUUGCCAGGUUACACGUUUAAAAACAGCAUCAAGGUCAGCUGCUUAGGUGUGGAGGAACCCUCUGAGGAGGAUCCGUCCGGUCUGGUCCUGACCUCCCGGGGGACUGACAGCAGCGUAACGCGCUUCGUCAUGCACGCAUCAUCUCCAGAGAUACAACAAGCUUGGUUCUGUGAUGUGGUUCAGAUCUUGGAAACUCAGAGGAACUUCCUGAACGCUCUCCAGUCCCCGAUAGAGUACCAACGCAGGGAAAGCACAUCGAAUAGUUUGGGAAGGGCCAUGAAGUCUCCGGCCGCUCCGCAAGCUGGCCUGCGGCCGCACUCGUCGGCGUCCAUGGACAGAUGUCGCCAGCCCUGCCUGCUGUCUUACAACAACUCUCUGCCCUCUCUGCACUCCCCCCGCCUCAGCCCAGCCUCACAGGUCUCCAACCCGCCCGCCCUGUCACUUCGAGCUUCUCACCCUCCGUUUUCCUCACACCACCAGCUCAGUCUGUGCACGGAGGUGAAACACGAAUGUGGCACGUCCAGCAGUCCGUCCCCCUGCAGCCACCGCCAUCAGAGGGGUGUGACCGCCAGCUUCCAGACAAUAACGUUUGGUGAUGGUGCGACUUUUUCCUCACAUCGGCUGAAUAGCUUGGACCAGCUGAAGGAGCAGCAGUGACCUGCAGACUGAUAUUUGCUGCUGAGUCCGAGCUUUCUGUCGGCACAGGUCCCUGCUGCACAGAAGUCAAAACAGUGGCUGCGACAAAUCAAAAUAAGGCACAGGCCAAUAUUGUUAUUAUAUGAUUAUCUCAUUUCAGUAUGUGUGUGUGUGUGUGUGUGUGUGUGUGUGUGUGUGUGAGCACGUACUGCAAAUACACCUGCAGCAUGUGUGGAUUGUGAUUACAGAUGAGAUGAAAUGUAUGAGAACAUGAUUUGAAAACACUAAAAAGACUUCUUUUGUGUUGCUUUAUGUUGUGAAUCUGAACAUUUCUUACUCCGUCCACUCAAAAUUCCUUGAUGGAUAUUUUUGUAAUGGAUAUUUUUCACAAAGCACCAGUUCCAGUUGAUUCCCUUGAGAACGAAGAUGUCAAAUCCCCUGAUGCAGUGCGGUCCACAAAUAACUGUAUCCUUGUAAUUACUGAGUGGCUCUAACUUCCAGUUUAACUCAAGGGAUUUCAAUGCAUCUGUGCACAUUAUCAAAUAGCUGUAUUUUCCGUUUGGUGGACUACUUCAGCCCUGCCAUUGUGAGUGUUAUCUGGACCAAACACAUUUGUAAACUGACACAAAGCUAAUGCCAUAAGCAAGCAGAAAAGGAAAAAGGGAACAAAGAUUUAACUGAGGUGCUCGUUUGUCAUUUUCAUUUGAGAUGUAAAUAGUUUAGCGUGAGUUCAUAUCAGUAAAAUCUGAGUCUUGAUACAAAUACAAUAUUGAAGAGCAAUGCUGUUUAGAUAUUUUUCUAAUAAGUUCCUUAAUGUUUCUUUAUUGUUGAAGCAUGAAAUGUGUGUUUCAAUGUCAUAAAUACAGUAUGAGAAUAUUUUUCCUCCUUUUCUUUUGUCAUUUUAUUUGUUUUUAACCUUUACCCAUUCCAUGUACCCACUGUUAUGGAUUUGGAAAUAAAACCACAAGCACAUACCAGAGAAUAAUGACACAGUACCGACUGAUUUUCUUUACAAGGAAAAAACACUAAAUUCUCAAAUGCCACUUGUAUAUAAAUAACAGUUAUUUUACAGAGAAUGUUAAAAUUUGAAGGGUUAAUGGCCAUGAAAAUGUCUAAUCUAAUCAAUGAGUUGGUGUA